AUGAGGCGCAAAGGUGGCCGUGUGGUGAGUUCCACCAAGGAGGUAAUUCUUCUGGAUGCUGAGCCUUCUAAUGUCUUGCGCCGUGAGGAAGUCGUAGCCGGGGGAAUUGAGUCGAUUCCUCCCGUGGGAUCCUCUUCGCCUUUGCUAUCGUCUUCCCCGUCUUCAUCGCGGCGCCCUUCUCCCAAACGAGGGGCCGGAAAAGGAAAGACUACGACGGCGGUAUCAUCGUUGGAUAUUUUUUCGCGAUUUCAAAAUCACAACUCUGAUUUCGAGGAGAAAUGGCUCCUGCUAGAGGACGACCUUCCUCUGGAUUCUGGCAAGCCUCCUAUCAGUGAGGAGCUCUUGGGCAAGUUGAAGCAAAGUCAACGCAGGAUAGAUUUCACCCGGAAUACGAGGACGGAGGAAUUGAAUAAGAAGGAAAGCGCGGCGUCGUUAGAAAAUAACAAAGAGGAUAUCAGUGAUGAGGAGUACCAUCCGGAAACGCCAAAGGUUUCAAAGCAACGUCAGAAACACAAUGAAGGUGGCGCUAAGGGCCCUUCUGAGGAUGCCAAUCUUUCUAGUAAUAAGUUGGGUUCCAAAGGGGAUGAUACGGCCAUGGAGAGUGGCAUACGGGGUGAUUAUUUAGUCUUUUCGACGUCCUCCACGCAGAAGGGUGCGGGGGGGAUCGGGAUGAUCGCCGGCCUGACGGUGGACCAGCUUCAGGCGUCGGUGUUGAUUUAUCCAUCGGAGGAUAAUCCCACGAAUCAAAUCCAUGAUAAUACUAACACCACUACUACUACUACUAAUAAUAAUAUUGUUCAUAAUAAUGGCCCUGGGUCCUCGCGGGGAUUUCCCGAUCGUGGCACGAUGAGCCCCAAGGGUAAAAAUUCAAGAAACGCCCAGUCGCCAUCGUCGUUGUCAUCGGUUCAAAGUGGAAAGGAUUGCAUGCAAUCGCCGCCUUCCCGUCGGAUGGUUCCCCUGUGGAGCGUAUCGCGGAUGGAAAAAGAAGGGGGUUAUUGCCAGGAGAGCCCGCUCGUUGCGCUUCACCAAGAGAUCACCGAUUUAGUUGAUUAUUUAUGCCCAACUCAGGCGGAGAUUUCGAUUCGCCGGCUUAUCGAGAUGGAAGUCUCCCAACUCGCGCGGCGGCUGUGGCCGGGCUGUGAGCCGAUUGUGUAUGGCAGCCUCUACACGAAUCUUCUGCUUCCUCUUUCCGAUGUGGAUAUCACGAUCACGAAUGUCCCGAUCCCGCCCGAGGAGGCGUUGACGCUUCUCGCGCGGGAGAUUAGCCAGGCCGGGCUCUGCGAUGCGGCCUACCCGCAGCUGAUCCUAAAAACCAAAGUCCCUCUGGUGAAGUUCCAGCACAAGGGCUCUUUGGUGGAUGUGGAUAUCAGCAUCAACGCGGGGGAUGGGAAGCAGAACUCCGAUAUCGUGCACACCCUGCUCAAAAGCUUCCCCGAGGCCCGCGCGUUGAUUAUCGUGGUAAAGUACUUUCUUCAGCAGCGGGAUAUGGCGGAGCCGUACCGCGGGGGGCUCGGCUCCUACGCCACGACGCUGCUCGUCGUCGCCUUCCUGCAGUCCCACCCGAUCUACACCACCCGACCUGACGAGCGGGCCGUUAGUGGACUCGGGCGGCUUCUCGUGGACUUCUUUCGGUUUUACGGGCUGUAUUGGAAUUACCACCACUGCGGGGUGUCGGUGGAGGCUGGACGGGGGUUCUUUUCCCGCGAGGGAGGGGAGGGGUCCCCGACUUCCCCACGCAGCCCUUUUCCCCCGUCCCCCCCCUCCGCUUCGUUUUCCGCCCAGGCCUGGAUUGAGGACCCUGGCAACCUCGCGAACAACGCCGCGAGCUCGCUGCGGCUCUACCACGUCGUGGCCUCGCUCUUCACCCACGCCUACUCGGCCCUGACGGCGGGGAUGGGGGCGGGGGAAAAGGGGGCGGCGGAGCUCUCCCCGGCCACCGCUGACCUCGCGCGGCGGCCAACGCUUCUCUCCCGCAUCCUUCACGUCGAUGCGGGGAUGGUCGGGCGCCGCGGCCGCCUCGCGGAGGCCGCCGCCGACCUCUCGGAGAGGGGAUUGCUCCCCGCCCGAUCGGCAAAACGCAGCCGCGACGAUUAA